GCAGAUGUGUGCGCUCUUGCAUUGAACAACAAAAAGAACAGACGAAGAAGAAUGUGAUUCAAGAAGAAGAAGGAAGUGAAGCUUCAAUCUGUGACUAAGCUGAGGAUUGUCCGAUAGACUUUACAUAUCAGCAGGAUCCAAACUCAACAUGAACCUGGAACGGCUUCCCAAUGAGGAGAAACUCAGCCUUUGUCGGAAAUAUUACCUUGGUGGAUUUGCUUUUCUCCCAUUCCUCUGGCUCGUAAAUGUCGUUUGGUUUUUCCGCGAGGCCUUCAUGAAGCCAGCAUACGGUGAACAGCUCCAGAUAAAGACCUAUGUGAAGCGAUCGGGACUUGGGUUGUUGCUUUGGGUGGCAGUUCUGACAACGUGGAUAACGAUUUUCCAGCAUUUCAGAGCUGAAUGGGGUGAGGUGGGAGACUACCUGUCCUUCACAAUCCCGCUUGGCAUUCCCUAGGAGGACCAAAUAAUUUUCUUACAUUUUUUUCCUUACAUCAGUGAAAGAUUUGCUGACAAGUCUGGUAUCUGCAGCAAAAUGUGUUGUUUCAAUAAAGUUAACCGAGUAAUCAAAGUUA